AUGGACUACCGGGAGCUGAAUCAAUUUGUAUCCAGUCAUACUGCAGAUGGCGAUGUUUGCAGUACCAAACAUCGCAACUGGAGAAAGUUAGGAGAAAAUCUUGAGAUAAUCGAUUUUAAAAAAGCGUACCUGCAGAUUCGUGUCGACGAAGCAUUAUGGAAAUAUAAAGUUUUGGAAUAUGAAGGGCAGCGAUACUGUCUAACAAGAUUGGGUUUUGGUUUAAAUGUGGCGCCCAGAAUAAUGACAAAAAUCUUAAAAAAGGUUUUAUCCUUAGACAAAGUUGUCGAGUCUGGAACGGAUUUAUUUAUUGAUGACAUCAAUGUCAAUAAUAACAUAGUGUCAAGUUGUAGAGUUCAAGAACUCUUGAAAAAAUAUGGCUUGGAUUCUAAGCUGCCAGAAAAACUUGUCGGUGGGCGUGUGCUUGGAUUGCUAGUAUACAAACAAAACAACCAAGUGCUUUGGAAACGUGACAACAUACUCAAAGUUCCUGAAGGAAAAAUGACGCGUCGGGAAAUCUUUUUUUGGUGCGGACAGCUGACUGGACAUUUUCCAAUAGCAAAUUGGUUGCGCCCUUUGUGCAGCUAUCUAAAUAGGGUUUCGAGUAGUUGUGGAUGGGACACUUUGGUGAACGAUCGUGUUGUCAAAUUAGUGAAAAGUUUAAAUGAAAGACUUACAAAGGAAGGUCCCGUUCAUGGAUCAUGGAACGUAAAAAACACUUCUGAAGCAACAGUGUGGUGCGAUGCAAGCAGUUUAGCUAUUGGCAUAGUUCUAGAAGUGGCUGGGGAAAUAGUAGAAGACUGCUCGUGGCUGAGAAAACAAGACGAUGCGGCUCACAUUAAUCUCGCAGAGUUAGAAGCUGUGAUAAAAGGAAUUAAUCUAGCAACAAAAUGGGUAUUCGAAUGUAUUACCAUAAAGUGUGACUCGGCUACUGUUGUUGGCUGGUUGAAAUCCUUAAUAAUCGGUGACAAACCCAUUCGAGUAUACGGUCUUGGAGAACCACUUGUCUGUCGCCGGUUGGCGUUAAUUGAAGACCUUGUGAAGGAGUGCGGUAUACAAUUAAAACUUUUCCUGGUUAAGUCAGCAGAAAAUAAAGCCGAUGCUCUUACGAGGGUACCACAAAAUUCGCUGCAUUCAAACCAUUCUGCAAUGACAGCAAAUCUUGUACCGUUUGAUGUGAAGUCGUUUCAUAAUCUUCAUCACUUUUGA